AUGGCGGAGACUCGGGGGCAGCGAAAGUCGAGAGCAAUGGACCGGUUUGAUCACGUUGCUCAACAAUGCGAGUGCUUCGACAUACAAACUCACGUGCCCUCCUUGUCCUCCGCAACAACCUCUCAGUGCCUCUAUUGUGCAAUAGCACGAUCUCGACACCUCCCGCGGGCCAGAGUGCGCCACGACUACGUCGCCUUGGCAGCAAUCGGCUAUUGUCCAAGAAUCCAUCGUGCCACCUUCGUCCAGAACGAUCAACAAGAACCUUUGAAACAUUUGUCGUUUCUUGUGGGGACCGAUAUAACCACUGCUCAGACCGCCAUGAGCCGCGGGUCAAACCUUCAGGCAUCUUCUUCGACCUCCAAAACCUACCCCGUGCCAAGCCAAUAUCUCUAUGACUGGCUUGAACGGCUGCGCCAUACCGAGCAGGAGAACCCUCACCUCCCAAUCGACCAGCCAUCGCACGAAGGCGACUCGCAGUCUGCGUUGGCUGGUGUUCCCGAUCUCCCCCAACCAUUAGACCAAUACUCGCGCCUUUCGAGAGGUAUUUUGCCCCUCAUAUCCUCUACCCGCGCCAAUAUCCAUGCCGCAAAGAAGGCAGCACAAGCCGAAGUCGGGGCCUCUCGACAUCGGCAGCGAAAACGCCGCUCGCGCCAGGUUCUUGCUGCUCCCAAGCCAUUUUACAAUGCCACCCCUGAUCAUGAUGCUCGGGCUCGAUGCCCAGAGGACUACAUUGGCCAGCAAGAAAUACCUUUGGUCCUCGGUCGAGAGGUUCCUUGUCUCCUAUCGCUUGGGCCCUUCUCCCCGCGAGAGCAAGAUGUGAUUUUUGACAUCGAAUCCAUCAUACGGGCGACGGCGCUAUGGCCGGAACAGCAACUGAUUGUUGAUAUAAUCCAGCUCCUUCGUUCGUCAUAUGCAUCAUCUCCGUCGCCCAUGCCGACCAACGCGCCGAAAAGAGUGUACCGCAAUAACGACGGCAUCUGGCGGGCAUUCGAGCCCCUUCGCGUGGCGGGAUUACCUCAGAUUGAGGCGCAUGUCAUGCAAAAGCGGGGGUGGCCAAGCAAAGCAGAAGUUGCCGACAUUUUCAUAACACUGAAGAUGAUAUGA